CUCACUCUCUCUCUAGGCGCAACCAGAUUUAAAUCACAAUCUAGAGAGAGAAAAACCAAAGCAAGAGAAAACCCACUCCAUUUCUCUCUCUAAAAAUCACCAUUUUUCCCAAAAGUUCAACACUCUCUCCUUCUCUCCUUCUCUCUCAAUAUCUACAUAUCUAUAAUCUGCGUAUCUGUAUAUUUAUCUACGAUUUGAAACCCUAGCAUUUCGGAUCCUGACCUGCAUUUGGAUGUGAAAGAGUGUACGCUACUCAGAUCGGCUAUGGAUGAGGUUUCCGGCGACGGAGGUACGACUCCGGUGGCAGAGUUCAGCAGUAAUGGACCGGUUCCGGGGGCUACUCCGACACCGCCGCCACUGAUGGUGUCGGGAUCGUUCAAGGAGGGGAAGAGUUCAUCGCGGAGAAGAGGAUUCAUGAGGCCGAGCAUGGACGGCGACGAGUUCAUUAACCUCUUGCACGGCUCGGAUCCGGUCAAGGUCGAGCUCAAUCGGCUCGAGAAUGAAGUCAGAGAUAAGGACCGGGAGUUAGGAGAGGCACAGGCUCAGAUCAAGGCUCUCAAGCUCUCUGAAAGAGCCAGAGAAAAGGCUGUUGAAGAGCUCACUGAUGAACUAUCAAAGGUGGAGGAGAAGCUGAAGUUAACAGAAUCACUUCUAGAAAGCAAAAAUCUAGAAAUUAAAAAAAUCAAUGAUGAGAAGAAAGCUUCCAUGGCAGCUCAGUUUGCAGCUGAAGCUACUCUACGCAGGGUUCAUGCUGCCCAAAAGGAUGAUGAUAUGCCUCCAAUUGAAGCCAUUCUUGCACCUCUGGAGGCUGAGCUCAAGCUUGCUCGACAAGAGAUUGCAAAGCUUCAAGAUGAUAACAAAGCUUUGGAUCGCCUUACCAAAUCAAAAGAAGCAGCUUUACUUGAGGCUGAGAGGACUGUUCAGGUUGCUUUGGCUAAGGCCUCCAUGGUGGAUGAUCUUCAGAAUAAAAACCAAGAGUUAAUGAAACAGAUAGAAAUUUGUCAGGAAGAAAAUAAAAUUUUAGACAAGAUGCAUAGACAAAAGGUUGCCGAGGUUGAAAAGCUUACUCAGACUGUGCGGGAGUUGGAAGAGGCUGUUCUUGCUGGAGGUGCAGCGGCAAAUGCUGUGAGAGAUUAUCAGCGGAAAUUUCAGGAGAUGAAUGAGGAAAGGAAAACUCUAGACCGGGAGUUGGCCCGUGCAAAAGUAACAGCAAACAGAGUAGCUGUAGUGGUAGCAAAUGAGUGGAAAGAUGCUAAUGACAAAGUGAUGCCUGUAAAACAAUGGCUUGAAGAACGGAGAUUCUUGCAGGGAGAAAUGCAGCAACUCCGUGAUAAGCUUGCCAUAACUGAGCGAGCCGCCAAGUCCGAAGCUCAGUUGAAAGAAAAAUACCAUAUGCGACUUAAAGUGCUUGAGGAGAGUGUGAGAGGAUCUUCUAGCAGUACUAAUCGCAGCACAGCUGAGGGAAGAAGUACAAGUAAUGGGCCCUCUCGACGUCAGUCUCUGGGUGGGGCUGAUAACAUUCCAAAAUUAACUUCCAAUGGCUAUUUAUCCAAGAGAACACCGGUCAGGUCUUUGUCCUCUAGCACCAGUUCAGUGUUGAAGCAUGCUAAAGGCACAUCAAAAUCAUUUGACGGUGGUACAAGGUCACUGGACAGGGGUAAGGUUCUCUUAAAUGGUACAAGCCCUAGUUUCUCAGUUAACCAAUCUUGUGAGGGAACCAAGGAUGGUGAAGCACAAAAUAACUGGAAGGGAAAUUCAGAUGAUAAGCCAAAUGAAUUCUCAACAGUGGAUAUAGAGGAUAGUGUCCCAGGGGUUUUGUAUGAUUUGCUGCAGAAAGAGGUUGUAGCUUUGAGGAAAGCUGGUCAUGAGAAAGAUCAAAGCCUGAAAGAUAAGGAUGAUGCUAUCGAGAUGUUGGCUAAGAAGGUAGAUACCUUGACUAAAGCAAUGGAGGUUGAGGCAAAGAAAAUGAGAAGAGAAGUUGCUGCCAUGGAGAAGGAGGUGGCUGCCAUGCGUGUGGACAAAGAACAUGAGAAUAGGGCCAAGCGGUUUGGUAAUGCCAAAGGUUCUGUCAACAGUGCUCAGGUUCUUUCUGGAAGAGGUUUGGCACGAGGUGGGUUAACACGCAGCACCCAAUGACAAAAGUCCUAAUUUGCAGCUGCAUAAAGGCGUUAAUCCGCAUAGGCCUUGUUCUUCCUUCCAUUUUCCACAUUUUAUUAUUAUUUUUCCAUUUUCUCCCUACUGUGAUUGAUUAAAAGAUUGUAGCUGGCAUGCCGAUGAUACUGUGUUCACCAAAGCUGGCAAGGAGAGAAUCCAAAAAGGAGGGCAAACUCAGAGAAAGAAGUCGGUAUGCUUCUGACGUAGAUUGUUAUUCCCA